AUGGAGGCGGCCGGAACGCUUCCGCUGCUGCUGAUCCUCCUCCUGGCUGCGCUCCCGGCUCCGUCGCACGCCUGGGGAGUCGACGGCCAUCUCAUGGGCCGUCUGAGUGGCGCUGCGGCGGCGGCGGUGAAGGACCUGCUGCCGUCCUACGCCGGCAACAACCUGAGCAGCCUCUGCUCCUGGGCCGACGACGUCAAGUUCCGGUACCCGAGGUCGCCGCCGCUCCACUACAUCGACACCCCCGACGGCCUCUGCACCUACAGCUACGACAGGGACUGCAAGGACGAGGACGGCGUCAAGGGCCGGUGCGUCGCGGGCGCCAUCAACAACUACACCUCGCAACUCCUGACCUACAGAAGAUCUUCUUCCCCUGAAUAUAACCUGACACAAGCGCUUCUUUUCCUUUCACACUUCAUCGGAGACAUACACCAGCCACUUCAUGUGGGAUUUACCUCUGACAAAGGAGGGAACACCAUCGACGUCCACUGGUACACAAGGAAGACCGUUCUACACCAUGUUUGGGACUCCAGCAUCAUCCAGACGGCUGAAGACGAUUUCUACGGAGACAGUGUAGCCGGUUAUAUCGACACCCUGAAGAAAAACAUAACGCAGGGAGAAUGGUCGGAGCAAGUGUCCAGCUGGGAAGCAUGCGGCAAGAACCAGACUGCAUGUCCAGACAUAUCCCUAUUUCUCCAGCAGACUGCCGAUCGUCAACUUGAGGCUAGCACAAGGCGGCGUCAGAUUAGCCGCCACUUUGAACAGGAUUUUUGGUUAAUGAUGGAAUCCAUCCACUAUGAAACAAUUAUGGAAUUAAAUGAUAUACAUAUAACUAUUGGUUUCUCAUCAAAACUUGUCACACAGUGA